GGAUCAGGUUUUGAUUAAUAAGGAAAGGUAGGUUUGUGUCUUAGCUAAAAUAGCUCAAAUCCAAAUCCAACCCUUUACCUUUGAACUUACCUCAAUUAUGCAUCACUACUUUUUCUGUUUCUCUCAACUAUAUACUCUCUUUUUGGGGUGCUAAAUUUCUUCUUUCUUUUGAUUCCUUAGCCAUCCAACAUUUUUGUCCUUUUUCUUUUUCCCUUUCUAGUCACAACCCUUUAUUCCUAUUCCUUCCUUUGAUCAAAAUAUUUUCUUUGAUUUUGUCUAUUUGGUGCAAAUCUAUUUCCUUUUGAAGUUGCUUUUCUUGCUGGUAAGUUAUAAUUAUAUCAUUAAUCAGAAAAUCCCUUCCUUGAUAUGAGAUUUAAAUCUUUGUAGAUGUUAAUUUAGACCCUUUUUCUAGGAAUUUUUUUUGGGAUACAUCUAGGAAGCUAUAUAUUUUACACCAUUUAAUUUACUCAUCAAAAUACUUUGACAAGUCUCUCUCUUUUAAUUAACGUCCCAUUUCUUUGUUUCUUUCAUCUUCAUAUAUUUUAAUCACCCUUAAGAAUUUUUAUUCUUUUAGUUUUAUUGUGUGGUAAGUGAUUCUAAUCUUUUGCAAUAUUUUUUCCAUCUCCUAUAGAUUUUGGAUCUUAAAUUAAAGUCUAAUUAAUAUUUUCACCCCCUUUUUCGAUAGAAGGCUUAUUUUUUUUUGUUCUUAACUCCUACUUGAGAAGAAAAGAUGGUGAGAGGAAAAACUCAAAUGAAACGUAUAGAAAAUCCAACAAGUAGACAAGUAACAUUUUCAAAGAGGAGAAAUGGUUUGUUGAAGAAAGCUUUUGAAUUGUCAGUGUUGUGUGAUGCUGAAGUUGCUCUUAUUGUUUUCUCACCAAGAGGAAGGCUUUAUGAAUUUGCUAGCUCAAGCACUCCAGAAACAAUUGAAAGAUACCGCAACCAUAACAGGAUAAAUAAUAUACCAAUGACAUCUGAAUCAGUUGAGAAUACUCAGCAUUUGAGGCAAGAAGCAGAAAACAUGAUGAAGAAGAUUGACCUUCUUGAGACUUCAAAACGGAAAUUCUUAGGAGAAGGUCUGGGGUCUUGUUCCAUUGAGGAACUACAAAAGAUAGAACAACAGUUGGAGAAAAGUAUAACCAAAAUCCGAGCAAAAAAGACUCAGGUUUACCGGGAACAAAUUCAGCAUCUAAAAGAAAAGGAAAAAGCCCUUAUUGCUGAAAAUGUCAAGCUCUCUGAGAAGUAUGGUAACUAUUCAUCACAGGCAGCAAAAAAGCCUCAGAGAGAAAGUGUACAAGAGGCUGAACCCUAUGUAGAUCAAAGUAGUCCAAGUUCAGAUGUGGAAACUGAAUUGUUCAUUGGACUUCCAGAAACAAGAACAAGGCGUAUUCCUCCAAAGAUCUAGCUAGCUAGUUGAGUUGAGGAGUAAUAUUAAUCAAUCUCUCUGACUAUGCAAAAGCAAAUAAUUAAGAGCAAGGCAAAAUGCCAUAUAAAUGUUGUUGUGAAUUCAGAUUGAAUCACACCAAUAACUUGAUGUGUGUGGAGCAAAUGGAUUAAAGCAAUCAAACAAGCGAGAAUGACAAUAAUAACAA